ACAAUUAAGCCAAAUGGUGAAUGGACAAGCCCCCUUGCCCAGCCCAGGCUGGGGUAUGCCGCUAGGGAAAACUGAGUGUUUUCUGUGUCCCUCCAGACCCUUGUCCUGUGCCAUCUCUGACCUCCAGCUAUCUUCAUCCCAGCCCUCGACCUGCUCCAGAGCCUGGUGGUUUCCCUUGGAUGAGAGCAGGGAGCACAGGCAGAGGGUGACGUGGCCUAGGGCAGCUCUGGCCAGACACGCCUCGAUUAUAUCUCCUGCCACUUGGGCACGGCUGCAGGGCAGGUGAUGGGGCGCGUGCCAGUCACGCAACUGCUGGCUGGCCCUGGGGACAAAUCCCCGGCAGCUCCCCAGACCUGCAGUGGGCUGUGGUGACUCCAGACCAUGGAUGAGGUGCAGAAGGGGCUGAUCUCUGUCAUCCAGAAGCUGAAGGGCUCCCCAGAGCAGGAGCUCCGCAUCGUACUGCUGGGGCUGGACAACGCCGGGAAGACCACACUGCUGAAAUGCCUGGUGUCCGAGGAGGUCAGCACCGUCACGCCCACCCAGGGGUUCAACAUAAAGACCAUCCACUCGCAUGGCUUCAAGCUCAAUGUCUGGGACAUUGGGGGGCAGCGCUCCAUCCGUCCAUACUGGAGGAAGUAUCUGGGCAACACCGACCUGCUGAUUUAUGUCAUUGACAGCGCAGACCAGAAGCGCUUCGAGGAGACGGGGCAGGAGCUGGCAGAGCUCACUGAGGAGGAAUCUCUCAUGGGAGUCCCGCUGCUAGUGUUUGCCAACAAGCAGGACCUAGUGACUGCAGCACCUGCAGCCGAAAUCGCAGAAGGGCUGAGCCUCCACACCUACCGGGACCGGGAAUGGCAGAUCCAGUCCUGCUCAGCCCUGUCUGGGGAAGGAGUGCAGGAUGGGAUGAACUGGAUUUCCAGCCAGAUCAUGAAUCGGAAGAAGUGAGAGCUGCUAAGUGCAGGACUGGACCAAACUGCACAUUCCUUAGCCAUGGCCAAGCUCUUGCCCCUAGGCUCCCCCAAAGGCUUACCUGGGCCUUGACCCCCCAGACUACC